AAGUACGAGGAAAAUAUUAAUGUCACAGUCCUGAUAAUGUCAUAAAUAUAACAUUAUCCUUUAGUGCAAGUUUAUUUGACAUUUGAACUUUAAUACCGAUAUCGUAUCUGACAUGUUUUGAUUGGAAAUUUAGCUUCGGUAUAUAAGGCGGAGUUUGAAACGAUGCCGGCAGAUUAGUGGAGAAGCCUGGUGAACCAAAGAAGCCGGCGCUCCGAAGAUGAAGUCCGCUGUUGUUGUCCUGUGUCUUUUCGCGGCGUCUCUGUACGCCGACGAAGGCACAGCCUUUAACGAAAUCCUGGCGGAGCAUCUUUACAAUGACGUCAUAAUUGCAGAUUACGACUCUGCUGUUGAAAGAAGCAAACUAAUCUAUACCGAUAACAAGGGUGAGCUCAUCACAAAUGUCGUAAACAAUCUGAUACGAAACAACAAGAUGAACUGCAUGGAGUACGCCUACCAGCUCUGGAUGCAAGGCUCCGAGGACAUCGUCCGGGAUUGUUUCCCGGUUGAGUUCACACUUAUCUUAGCUGAAAACUAUGUUAAGCUUAUGUACAGGCGAGACGGUCUCGCUUUUACAUUGAGCGACAAUGGCGGGGUUGCCUACGGGGACAGCAAAGACAGGACCAGUUCAAGAGUCAGCUGGAAAUUCAUUCCGCUGUGGGAGAACAACAAGGUCUACUUCAAGAUAGAGAACACUGAGCGCAAACAGAACUUGGCAUUGAAAGUCCGAACUAACAGAAAUGGCGACCACAUGGCUUACGGGGUCGCUAACUUCGAUGGUUUUAGAGCCCAGUGGUACCUGGUUCCCGCUGAAUUAAAUAACGAAGUUUUAUUCUUCAUCUUUAACCGGGACUACAACAUGGCUUUGACGCUGUCGAGGACGAUGGACAGCUUGGGUAACCGCAUGGCCUGGGGAUACAACGGUCGAGUUAUCGAAAAGCCCGAACAUAACACCUGGAGUAUUAAGGUUUUCUAAGCUCUAAUUUCAUUGUUCACGAGAGCCGAGAAAAAAUUAUGAGAGAGAGAGAGUAUUCUAUAUUGAACACCAAAAAGACAAAAAAAACAAUGCGAAAUAUUAAAUACAAAAAACAAAGUACAAUGAGCGGUCUUAUCGCUAAAAGCGAUCUCUUCCAGCUAACCGUCAAGUGGACAAGAAUCAUAUGGAAACGAAUUACACGCGGCGUGCCCAUCAAUUGAAAUAUAUAGAUACUUAAACACAUACACAUAUACAUACAUACACAAUAGUACACAUU